AUGGCACCUGGUUUGAAAGUUGACUCAGAGUCAAAGCUAAAAGUAGCAACCGCCCAAUCGGGCAAUCUAGGUAAAAAGAUGGGUACAUAUCUCAGCACUCCUAAAACAGAAAAAUUCUCUGAAGAUGGUGAGAAUGGAAGGGUCAAAUAUGGUUUAUCAUCAAUGCAAGGGUGGCGUGCAACAAUGGAAGAUGCUCAUGCUGCACUUCCUGAUCUGGAUCAUUCCACCUCUUUCUUUGGUGUAUAUGAUGGCCAUGGAGGGAAAGUGGUUGCUAAGUUUUGUGCAAAAUAUCUUCAUCGACAAGUGCUCAAACAUGAAGCAUAUUCUAAUGGAGAUAUUGAAACCUCUGUAGAGAAGUCAUUUAUCAGAAUGGAUGAGAUGAUGAGAGGACAAAGAGGGUGGAGGGAGUUAUCUAUUUUGGGAGAUAGAAUAAACAAAUUCUCAGGUGUCAUUGAGUCUCUCAUAUGGUCUCCAAGAGGAGGAGAAACAAGUCAUCAGCUUGAUGAAUGGGCUUUUGAGGAGGGUCCACAUUCUGAUUUCACGGGGCCCACAUCCGGAUGUACAGCAUGUGUUGCUGUCAUGAGAAACAAUCAACUGAUUGUUGCAAAUGCUGGUGAUUCCCGUUGUGUAAUUUCCAGGAAGGGUGAGGCAUACAAUCUUUCAAGAGAUCACAAGCCUGGGCUUGAGGUUGAGAGAGAUAGGAUACUAAAAGCAGGUGGAUUUAUUCAUGCGGGCAGAGUUAAUGGUAGUCUUAAUCUUACAAGAGCUAUAGGUGACAUGGAAUUUAAGCAGAACAAGUUUUUGUCUGCUGAAAAGCAAAUAGUUACUGCAAAUCCUGAUGUUAACACUGUUGAGCUUUGUGAUGAUGAUGAUUUUGUUGUGCUGGCAUGUGAUGGUAUCUGGGAUUGCAUGUCAAGCCAACAAUUAGUGGAUUUUGUUCAUGAGCAACUGAAAUCAGAAAGUAAACUUUCAACAAUAUGUGAGAGAGUGUUUGAUAAAUGUUUGGCUCCAUCAACAUCCACAGGAGAGGGAUGUGACAACAUGACCAUGAUUUUGGUGCAAUUCAAGAAGCCAAUUCAGGCAUCUACUACUACUACUACUGAAGCACAAGAACAAGAACAAGUAGAUGAGGGUAAACUAAAAAAUGCUGCAGAUGAAUGAAUGAAUGGAAGCUAAAAGUGUAUGCCCCAAAAACGAAUGAAUCAUUCUAGUGUUUGUUACUUUGUUGGUAUAUAUAUGUUGGUAGAAGUCACACUACCUCAAACCAUAGACCUUUUAGAUGUCUAUAAAUCUUUUUUUCAAGUAUUUUUCGCUUUGAAUGUAAAGGAAAAGUCAUUUUCUUUGUUGUUGGUAAUAAUGAUUUGACUGGAUGCUUUGUAGGGAUAUUCUUAUGAAUAGGACUAGGAGGGUAUUUAUGUCUUUUAUUAGAUAGGAGAGAUUGAGGCGAGUUUGUGUCUGUCCACCUUUCAUGAAGGACUUCACAUUGUACAUAACAUAUGGGUCCGGUAUAUCAACUUCGUUUUUUUCUGUUA